AUGGCAGCGCCCGUCCGGCUGGGCCGGAAACGCCCGCUGCCUGUUUGCCCCAACCCUCUCUUCGUACGCUGGCUGACCGAGUGGCGGGACGAGGCAGCCAGCAGAGGGCGCCGCACGCAAUUUGUGUUUCAGAAGGCGCUGCGCUCCCUCCGGCGGUAUCCACUGCCCCUGCGCAGCGGCAAGGAAGCUAAGAUCCUCCAGCACUUCGGAGACGGGCUUUGCCGGAUGCUGGACCAGCGACUGCAGCAGCACGAAGCAUCAGGCGGUGACCUGUGUUCACCAUCCGGAACCAAGAGCCCAGCCCGGGAAAGGCCACCUGCUGAAGUCCAGGACCCUUCCAUGCCAGUCCCAACCCAGCUCAAAGCAGGAGGCCCUGGCAGCUACUGGCCAGCUCGGCACUCGGGAGCACGAGCGGUCCUGCUGCAGCUAUACAAGGAACACCUGAACCCUAGCAGCCAGGGCUUCCUAACCAAGGAGGAGCUGUUGCAGAGGUGUGCCCCAAAGGUUUCCAGGGUGGCCCCUGGAAGUGCUCGCCCCUGGCCAGCCCUCCGUUCGCUCCUCCACAGGAACCUCGUCCUCAGGACACACCAGCCGGCUAGGUACUCACUAACCCCGGAGGGUCUGGAGCUGGCCCAGAAGCUGGCUGACUCAGAGGGCCUGAGCUUGCUGAAUGUGGGCAGCGGGCCAGAGGAGCCCCUUGGGGAGGAGUCUGAAGUGCCAGGAGCGGCUUCAGCUGAGCUUGGCACCAGCGAAGGGAGCAUCCAGCAGCCCCUCCUGGAGCUGGGGCCUGGAGAGUACAGGGUGGUGUUGUGUGUGGACGUCGGUGAGACCAAGGGGGCGGGCCACAGGCCAGAGCUGCUCCGAGAGCUGCAGCGGCUACACGUGACGCACACGGUGCGCAGGCUGCACGUCGGGGACUUCGUGUGGGUGGCCCAAGAAACCAGUCCCAGAGACCCAGCACGACCUGCAGAGCUAGUCCUGGACCAUAUCGUGGAGCGAAAGCGGCUGGACGACCUAUGCAGCAGCAUCAUCGAUGGCCGCUUCCGGGAGCAGAAGUUCCGGCUGAAGCGCUGUGGUCUGGGGCGCCGAGUGUACCUGGUGGAGGAGCAUGGUUCUGUGCACAACCUCAGCCUUCCUGAGAGCACACUGCUGCAGGCUGUCACCAACACCCAGGUCAUCGACGGCUUCUUUGUGAAGCGCACAGCGGACAUUAAGGAGUCGGCUGCCUACCUGGCCCUGUUGACACGGGGCCUGCAGAGGCUCUACCAGGGUCACGCCCUCCGCAGUCGCCCCUGGGGCACCUCUGGGGACCCGGAAUCAAAGGCCAGGCCCUCCCCAAACCCUCUCUGCUCACUCCUCACCUUCAGCGACUUCAACGCGGGAGCCAUGAAGAACAAGGCCCAGUCCGUGCGGGACGUGUUUGCCAGGCAGCUCAUGCAGGUGCGCGGGGUGAGCGGGGAGAAGGCGGCGGCCCUGCUGGCUCGGUACAGCACCCCUGCCAGCUUACUGGCCGCCUAUGAUGCCUGUGCCACCCCGAAGGAACAGGAAAUGCUGCUGAGCACCAUCAAGUGUGGGCCGCUGCAGAGGAAUCUGGGGCCCGUUCUGAGCAGAACCUUGUCACAGCUCUACUGCAGCUCUGGUCCCCUGACCUGA